GGAUUUUAUUGUUUAACAACAACACUAAGCUAAUUAGCCCCUAAUGAGAUAAGUAAGUAUUAUAACGAUGUUUGAGACUAAACAUCAACAUUUGGUGACGUAUCCAACAGGACAAAGGACAUAAUUAUAAAAAGAUAAAACCAAACAUUUAGUGUCGCCUUUUUGAUGUUAACCCAGACAAAAAAAUGGCAGAAAUUAUGUACGAUAAUAAACAAUAAUUUAAAUUAUUUGCUUCCAACAGCACAGAAUGUAGGUCAAUAAAAAUCCAUAGGGUGAAUAAAAUAAUUAUAAAUUGUAUCGCCAAUUGGUACAGCAAAAAUAAACACCACAACAAAAUCGCCAACUCAUCCAAUCUCAAAACGCGAUAACACCUCAAAUCAAAUUAUCAACACUGAUAACGAUUCACUAACAAGAACACACUUUUUUGUCAUUUACGUGCACUAAAACCUCUCAACAAAAAUGACUCUAGAAGCCAAAUUCAAAAACGAACAAAUCAUCCCUGAUGUCGUCGACGAAGCCCCUAGAUCAACCCUCGUCGUCACAUUCGGCACCCUCCAAGUCGACUUAGGGAACGAAUUAACCCCCACCCAGGUAAAUUCACCCCCUUCGGUAGCAUGGUGGCCCGAAGACAAUUCCUACUACACUCUGGUAUUCACCGACCCGGACGCCCCCAGUAGAGCCAACCCCAUCCGCAGGGAGUUUUUGCACUGGUUGGUUGGCAAUAUUCCUGGAGGGGAUGUGAGUAAAGGGGAGGUGUUGGCGGAGUUCUUGAGUUCGGCGCCUCCGAAGGACUCCGAUUUGCAUCGGUACACGUUUUUGUUGUACAAGCAGAAGGGGAAGGUGGAGUUCGAGGAGGAGAAGAUUCCCGAUACCACGAGGGAGGGGAGGAGGCACUUUUCGGCGAGGAAGUUCGCGGGGAAGUACGGGUUCGGGGUGGCGGUGGCGGGGAAUUAUUAUGUGGCGCAGUGGGAUGAGUACGUGGAGGAGGUCAACAAGAAGUUGGCCGGUACGUGAAGUGGAAAUAUUGUGAUGCAGGAAUAAAUAUGAAAAUAAGAAAA